CAGCACACCACUUCAACCUUCUUCAACUUUUCCAUCUCAACCUACACGCCCACUUUCUUUGCGUCUACCAUCCAUCACAAAACUUUUCAAGCCAUCCAGAAACCAAUGGAAGCCGCUCAAGCCCAAAAAGUACAGACUACGAAACCAGAGAAAAUCAAACCUUGUUGCGCCUGUCCUGAAACAAAGCGAGUUCGAGAUGACUGCUUUCUUCGUUUUGGACCCCCCGAUGAAUCAAAGGAAUCAACAAUAAAAUGUGCCGAGUUGAUUGCUGCUCAUCGUGCUUGCAUGGCCCAAUAUGGUUUCCACAUUUAAUGCACGUUCCCGCAUCACCAAUCACCAAUUAACAGUUUAUAUUUAAUCACACCAAGCAUUUAAAACCCAAAAAAAGAUGGAAACAGCACCCCGCCCACCAAGAACGGGUAUUCCCCUCGGAUCGUUUGACUGGAAGCGGUGUUGCCGAAGAAGAGCAAAACGAUGGGGGGAAUACGAUCCAUUGGAACAUCCCUAUACUUCGUAUAAAUUCUGCAUUCAAUUAAUCUAAACUUGGCCAAAAAAUGAGGCCUCACUUCAGACCUUGGUCCUUCCAUUACAUGUGACUGUAUCUCCCAAUUUGUUUCUUCACCCACUGCUUUAUGUCUUCAGAGUCCACUCAAUUUCGGACUUGCUAAUCACCAUUCCCUAAAAAGCCAAACAACCCAAACUUACCCUUUCGGGCCUUUGGUCAUAGCUCUCUCCAAUCUAUCUCCUUCCUCAUGCUUAGAACCUCUCGAAACCUCUCCAUUAUCUAAGAAUCCAAAGUAAUGUACCGUUAUCAUCAGACUUGCUCAUUAAUCAAGGGUACAAAAGCGAUAGCAUCAACACUUCCC